AUGGAAAAGAUUCAAAGGAUUCUAAACUAUGAACACAGCUACAUAGUGGAAUCAAUGGAAAGAGCAGGUGGCAUGGUCUUAUACUGGAGUGCACAUACCAAAGUACUACAGGUGCAACACACGGCCUUCACUUUAGAGGCUCAUAUAGAGGACCAAAGCAGCAGCAGUGACUGGUGGAUGGUUGGGAUCUAUGCUAGCUGUGAUGACUCAAUAAGAAGACAGCAAUGGUCAGUCAUACAAAGAAGGAAACAUCUAUGGGGACAGCCUUGGACCUGGAGCAAUAACUGGGAGGGGGAUGGUGAGAUUAAACAAAGGCUUCAUAGGGCACUGAGCAGUGUACAAUGGAAUCUGAAAUUUGAAAAGGCAAAAUGCACUCACAUUAAGUCUCAUGCGUCUGAUCACAGUGCUCUACUGUUGGAUACUAACCCCAUGAAAAGGAACAGGAAAAAAAGAUUCUUCUUUGACGAAAGAUGGCUUCAAAGGGAAGGAAUAACUCAGGUAAUCAAGGAAGCUUGGGACAAGAAUGUAGAGGGGUCCAGGAUGUUUCACAUUAAGACAAAAGUGAGGAAUUGCAGAAUAGCUCUACUUAGAUGGAGCAACAAAAGUAACAAGAACUCUAGGAAAAGGAUUGAGAGUAUAAAGGAGAAGUUGGAUCAGAUCCAAGGAACAUCACUGCCAAGUAUCAGAAAGGAAAAGGCUUCUCUUAAAAUGCAGUUGAAGGAAGCUUACAAGGAUGAGGAAAUGUUUUGGAGCCAGAAAGCUAGACUCAGAUGGCUACAAGAAGGAGACAAGAAUACUCAGUUCUUCCAUGCACAGGUUAACAGUAGAAGGAAGAUGAAUAGAAUGCAGCAACUACAAAAGGAAGAUGGGACAUGGACAGAAAAUGAGGCUGAACUGGGAGCUGAAAUUGGUAACUACUACAGGCAACUCUUCACCAAAUCAACCGAGAGUAGUAAUCAUGAGAUUCUAGCUGGAAUCCCAAAAUCCAUAUCUGAGACUAUGAACCAGGAUCUAACUAAGGAUGUAACAGAAGAGGAAAUCAAAUCUGCAAUCUUCUCUAUGGAUAGCAACAAGGCUCCUGGCAUAGAUGGGAUGUCCCCCCUUUUUUUCCAAAAAUUCUGGGAUAUAAUCAAAGGAGACCUGGUAAAUGCUAUAAAAGCUUUUUUCAUUCUGUGCAUAAGUACAGUCUCCUUCUCCUUUGACAUCAAUGGAGAGUGUAAGGAAUACAUUGUACCAGAAAGAGGGAUAAGACAAGGUGACCCUCUGUCACCUUAUCUAUUUCUUAUAUGUUCAGAAGGCUUCUCUAGCCUGCUGAAGAGAGCAACACAGACAAGGAAUAUGGCUGGCAUGAAAAUAAGCAGACAUGGUCCCUCAAUAACCCAUCUUCUUUUUGCUGAUGACUCCCUGAUCUUCUGCAAAGCCAACUCUCAAGAAGCAAAGGAGCUGAAGAGGAUACUAGAGGUAUAUGAACAAGAAUCUGGUCAGAUGGUUAACUUAGACAAAUCUAGUGUAUUUUUUAGCAAAAAUGUGAAUUUAGCAACAAAGGAGGACGUGUGUACGGAACUAGGAGGUAUUCAACCAGUAUCGCAAGGGAAGUACCUAGGAUUGGCCAUGGUGAUAUCAAGGUCUAAAGGACAGCUGUUAUGCAAAGAGAUAAGCUAUGCUUUUCAAUUUCUGGUGGGAGAAAAAGACAACAAGAAUAAGGUUCACUGGGUAGCUUGGAAGCAGUUGACAAGGGAGAAAAAACGAGGAGAUUUGGAGAAUCAUCAGAAAUCCAAAUCUGUUAUCCAACAAAAAAUUCUGAAAAGCAAGUACUUCCCAAAUUGCAGUGUGCUGGAUUGCAAAAGUCCCAACAAUGCUUCAUGGUUUUGGCAAAGCAUCAUGAGUGCAAGAGAAGAGCUUCAAUGGGGGAUACAGAAAAGGAUAGGGAAUGGACUUUUAACAAGAAUUUGGGAAGAUCAAUGGAUUCCAAACCAACAUUUAGGGAGGCCUGUCACAACCAAGCCAGAAGAUUGUCAAGUACAGAAAGUUGCUGAUUUGAUAGAAGGCUACAGGUGGAAUAGGAAUCUCAUCUUCAAAAAUUUCAAAAAGGAAGAUGCUGAAAACAUUCUCAAGAUCCCCAUAAGUAUUACAGGAAGAGAGGAUGACUUCUUCUGGACAGAAAACCAAAAAGGGGAGUACACGGUACAAUCAGGCUACAAGGCAAUCCAAACUAAGAAAGAACAAGAGGGCAGAGGGAGAAGAGAAAGGAUUGAGCCCAGCAACAGACCAAGAAGGAAUGACAUGUUGAGAGUGCUGUGA